GCCUCCGUCCGUGGUCUCGUGCCAGCUAGGCCGCUGUGACUUCGGAAGACAGAAGAAAAGGGACAUCUCUCCUGAAAACUAGGACUCCCGGGGGGAAGAGUCUUGUGCCUGCCAAUCUCUGAGCACGCGUAGAAUCGGUCAGGGCGAAUCUCCGGCGUCCGCCAUCUUUGUGACGUCAUCAAGUCGCGGCGACACCAUCUUUAGCGUCGUCCCGGGUAGCGAAGUUCCUUUCCCGGUAUUCCCUGAGAGGGCAACGGGGUGGUAACGAAACCUGGGCGCGGGGCACGCCGGGGAUUGUAGUCCCCGCGGGCACGGUUUGACUUCGUCUCCGGAAGUGGAGGGUGGAGAGGCGGGGCCGAGCGCUGGGAGGGUAGCGGGACUUCAGGGCUGGGCGCCGCUCCGGGGCUGGUCAUGAACGGGCCGGCGGACGGCGAAGUGGACUACAAGAAAAAGUACCGGAACCUGAAGCGGAAGCUCAAGUUCCUCAUCUACGAGCACGAGUGCUUCCAGGAGGAGCUGAGGAAGGCACAGAGGAAAUUGCUGAAGGUGUCCCGGGACAAGAGUUUCCUCCUAGACCGGCUCCUGCAGUACGAGAACGUGGAUGAAGACUCUUCGGACUCAGAUGCCACUGCAUCUUCAGAUAACAGUGAGACAGAGGGGACACCCAAGUUGUCGGACACGCCAGCCCCCAAGAGGAAAAGAAGCCCUCCGAUGGGGGGUGCCCCCUCUCCCUCCAGCCUCUCUCUGCCUCCUUCAGCAGGGUUUCCCCUUCAGGCCUCCGGGGCCCCCUCCCCAUACCUGAGCUCGCUGGCUUCCCCCCCCUACCCCCCAUUCCCUUCUGACUACCUGGCCCUGCAGCUGCCCGAGCCCAGCCCCCUGAGGCCCAAGCGGGAGAAACGGCCCCGCCUGCCCCGGAAACUCAAGAUGGCGGUGGGACCCCCUGACUGCCCUGUGGGAGGGCCGCUGACCUUCCCCAGCCGGGGUUCUGGGGCUGGGGUGGGGGCAGCCCUGGCCCCACUGCCUCCCACUAAGAUGCCCCCCCCUACGAUCCUGAGUGCAGUCCCUCGGCAGAUGUUCAGCGAUGCAGGCAGCGGGGAUGAUGCCCUGGAUGGAGAUGAUGACCUGGUGAUCGACAUCCCGGAGUGACCCCCUCUGCCCGGCCCCUGUCCAGCCCCCUGUGCCAGCACAUGAGCCCCAGCUUCCACAGAGACAUUUAUUGACGCCCAGUUGCCAUGCUGCGGCCACUGACACAAUCGGAAGAAGAGGCGUAAACAUGCAUAAACGUCCCCUGGAAGGAGGGCCCCUCCCCAGGAAGGGCAGGAGGCUGCCCUCACAUCCUGGCCCCGUCCUGGGGACACUGAUUUAAAUGAGUGGCUGGGAACAUCUGCCACCCCUCGGAGAGGCCGGGACCCCGCGGCGCCUCCCCCUGCAUUUAAAAGGGCAGCUGUGCAGGGCUAGAUGUGUUGUUUUCAAACGAAGAUUCUGUAGUAAAGGAGUGGCUCUUUUUUGG